AUGAAAUUGUCUCAACAAAAAUUUAAGAAUUCAUCUUACCCAAGGACAUCUUCAUGGGGGAAUGAUUCAAAUUGCUGCUUGUGGGAUGGGGUCAUGUGUGACUCCAUGUCAAGCCAUUUUGGUAAUCUUCCUUCUCUCACAUAUCUAAACUUAAGCCACUGUUGUUUUGCUGGUGAAAUUCCUCCCAGAAUUGCAGGAUUGUCUAAGUUGGCCACUUUUGAUUUGUCUACGAAUUGGUUUUACUCUUUUGAGAGGGGGAAUUAUUUGAAACUUGAACCAUCCACAUGGGAGAAGCUCAUUCUAAACAUGACAAAUAUGAGGGAACUUAUUUUAGAUUAUGUAAACAUGUUUUCCAUUUCAAAAAGCUCUUUAUCUUUGCUCAUGAAUUUGUCAUCUUCUCUAGUCUCCCUUAGUCUUCGAGAUACUUCUUUACAAGGGAAUAUCACAAAUAACAUUCUUUGCUUACAGAAUCUUCAGCAACUAGAUUUGUCAAGAAAUCAAAAUCUCAACGGUCAACUCCCAAAGUCCGAAUGCAAUUCUUCUCUAAGGCAUCUAGAUCUCUGCUUCACAAAUUUCUCAGGAGAAGUGCCUAAUUCCUUAGGCUACUUGAAGCAUCUUAAUCAUUUGAAUCUUGGAUUCUGCUAA